UCUGGCUACUCUUUUUUGUAUCCUUCUGUCUGCUCUUUGUAUCCUUGUGGCUGCUCGAGGUCUGUCGGAAUGGCGCCGCACCCCCACUUACCCGCGGCAGGUCCUCUGAUGCGCCCAUCUUGUGAUGGCCGUGGUGGCGAAGUCCUGUUCUUCCCGCCCGCCCACCACCUGCUGCUUUGCGCAGCUCAACCCCACCCCUCCCCCACGCCACACCCCUGCUGGAACCCUCAUCCAGCAGCUCAGAAUUCAGCGUGCCCUCCGGCGCCAGCCCUCCAGCAGCAGCAGGAAGCCCAGUGCAACACUAUUUUCACCCAGGUUGCGGAGGCCAUCGGCAAGGGCGUCGCUGCUAUCCGCCAGACGGCCGAGGACAUUGGCGAGAGAGUCCGGCACUUCGGACAGGGUGUCGCAGAGUGCCGCCUCUGUCCCCCCUGUGUUGCGGCCAAAGUCAAGGGAUGCGAGGAGGACACGACGACAGCGCCUGACGAAGCGCCACCCCCAGCCCCGCUUGCCCUCUCCUACCGCAACAGGGGAUACGUCAGCAGACUACCGCCGCCCCAUGCCGCUCACCCGCCAUCCAUCGGCAGCCCGAAGGCAUCACCCGCGAGCCAGCCAUGUGGGGCGAAGAUUCCCCUAAAGCUGACAGGCAAGAGGACAAGAACGGGUGAGCCGGCCAAGCCACCCACAUAUCGGCAAUCAGCUCCCAUCAUGGUGCCGGCUCCUGCAAGACCCCCCUACCCUUUCCGCACCGUGCGGCUGGAGGACGUCGGCCCCAUGAGCAGCAGCCACUCACACGUGAGGAAGAUGCGGGCCAUUCCACUUGACGAGGCCGGCAACGACCUACCCCUUUUCCACCGCCCACUGGUCGUCUGCAAGAAGGUCGGUGGCAGGGCGGCCUACCAAGAUCGCCACGAGGUCGGCUGCCACUUUCUCUUCACACGGCACGCCGAAUCCCCUCAACCGCAGACCUCCUCUUCCUCACCGCCAGGGUCAUCGGCUGCCGCGCCCGAGGAGCAGCAGCCUGAGCCCCGCUUCGCCGCCAGGGUCAUGCCGCCGACCAGCAGCCGCAUAUUCCGCAGAGUGGCGGAGGCGGAGGACUACGGAUUCAUCGAUCUGAUGAGUCCCCACGUCUUCACGCCAUUUGGAGCAUCGGGCAGCGGGAGCCCACCGGGGGAGGCGGAGGGUCCACCCGAGUCCAAGAGCGGGCAGCCAUGUAUCAAGCUGGACGGGUUGGACUCCAACGAGUUCGUCAUGCUGCACGUGCCCCGCUUCCCGCCGGGCAGCGGUUCCGUCCUGCCGCUCCUACCACACCAACAGCGAGAUUCUGAUUGGGAGGACCUGGUGUGGGAGACCGGGCUCAACAACAAGCCGAAGGAGCAGUGGGCUGAGUGGCGGGCCAAGUGGAUGGAGGAGGAUAGGGAGAAGAGCGCCCUUCCCUUCGAUGACAUCGAGGGAAUACGCAAGGAGCUCGAGCGGCUGGGAGUGGUUGGCACCCAACAAGACGCUGUACGGGUACUGCUGAUUAAGGACCUCGUGGACAAAACACGCAUGAUGCAUCAGGUGCGCCGGCUGCACGGGAAAGCGGAGCGUCGUGUCCACUCGCUUGUCUAUCCGUGUGUCUGCCUGUGCCUGUGUGUACGUAUGUGUAUCGUGCGUGUGCAGGUUGUGGUGCCUAAGAAGGGUGUGGACUACUACGCGUCCCUCACCAGCCAGACCACCCCAGGUCAGCCGGAUAUCCUCGCCAAGGCGGUCACCUACGCCAAGACGGACGGGUCCCCAGCCGUGUACGGCGACCUCACCCCCUCGAACGCCCUCGUCUGCUUCCGACAAGUGGACUUGGAGCUCAAGGGGGGCUCGGGGACGACCGGACGGUUCGUCGUGGCGUGCGUGGUGUUCGUCGACGCCAGCGUCGCAGCCACACAUGACCGCCUUAGUUGCAUUUCCGGCAAGCUCAACUACGAAACGCUGGAGAACAACCUCACCCGGCAGCUGGAGCACUCCAUGAGGGACGAGGGCGUCACGACCAGCGACAUGUGGCUCGAGGUGGCGGGGCCCUACUUCCUGCGAUUCAGCGAGCGGAGCGGCUGGGAUCGUGGCGAGGACAUCUGGGCCCUCGCCACCACUGCCAUGAAGGGCUUGCAGCAGCACACGACCUACGACGCCCACAACCAGCAAGGAUUCCCGCCCAUCGACGCCCAGAAGGCCGCCUAUCUUUACGCCACCGCCUUCAGCGAGGACGACAGGCCUGCCGAGCAGCAGAAGGUCAUCGACAGCGUCAAGAAGCGGGGAGAGGAGGGCAAGGCCACAGCUGCUCACUACGAGAAGAUCUACGCUGAGCAAUUCGAGCAGGCGGAGUGGCCGGAUACCCUCUGUCUGUGUGCGAACGGCGUCAACACCCUGACGGAGUGCGAGGCGCUGCGCACCGAGCUGGUGGAGCGGCAGCGGGAACGGUACGUGCCUGCUUCGCUGCGGGCCAGGCUGUCGUCGGAUGGGUCGGUGGGGGUGGAUGAGAUGGUCAAGAUGGUAGAGGACGGUGACUUGACACUCACCGAAGCCGCCAUCGCCAUUGUCUACACCAACAACCACGACCAUCCUGCCAAGAGGGCCGAAGGCGACCGGCUGCUGGCUAUGAGCUCCCAACUCGGCGACCUGCUCGACAAAUGCAGCGGCGUCCAAUUCAAGGUCCCCAAGCUCCCCCGGUCUCGUCGCUCGAGAAGGAAUUCAUCCAUCCCUCCCAUCUCUCUCGUCUGAGAUCGGCUGAGCGUAGAGGAGCUGGUGGAGCAGGAGAGGAUGGCGCGGGAGGACCAUUAGCUGGAGGGUUUGAAGGCAUCGCAGCUACCGACCACGCCGAUGUGGCGGCGGACGACCACGGCAGCAAUGAGGUGAUUGAGCCGGACAUUGUCAACGACGGCGGCGUGGUGGAGCCGGACUCGUUCGACAGUGUUGACAGUGGUGACAAUGACGGCGAGGAGGAGGGAUUGCUCGAGGGCGAUGGGGAGGGGGAGGACAGGGAGGGGUUAGGAGCCGUCAGCGAGGCGUUGCUGGGCAAGCAGCACAGCGACGAGCUCAACACGGCACUAGCUGGCAUCCCUCACGACGCCGCCCACAUGGCGGACCCUCACGUGUGUGGGUCAGUGGCUACUGGGCCAGCUGGUGCCCGAGUACCUCACGCAGACCUACAGCAACAUCAAGGCGGUGCAGCGGCGGCUGGCAACAGACUUCUCCCGCACUUCACGGUCAUCCUCAACAACAUGUGGGCGCGGGACCCCGGGUGUCGCGGAAACUGCUCGACAUGUGCUCGACGAGGGGCGGACGGGCCUCAACGUGGUGCUGAUGCAGACGAGCCUCUCGCCUUUCCUGUUUAAGCGACGGGCUCGUCCAGUGUGAGGACCUCAACCUCAACCAGUGGCUGACGCAGCAGCUGCGCCAUGACGUCAACGCCGCCAUCGUGGGCUGCGCGGCAUUCCUCAAGAGCAAGAUGCCCCGGACCGAGGUGCGGGACCACGUCAAGCGGGAGGGCGCCCUCGACAGGGACACCGUGGGGCAGUUCAUGUCGAUCCUGCAGCCCUACACGACAGGCAUCGACGUUAAGGACACCACACACAAGACAAGGAGUACAGCUCGCUCGUCGCUGCUGCCAUCUAGGUACGCAUAUACACAGACAGACAGACAGACAGAGGGAAAGACAGAGUCGGGCUUCUCAUUCAUGCGUCUGUCUGUCUGUCUGCCUGUCUCAGGCUUCCCGGAGCUCUCUACGCUCUCUGCCAACCACACGGCCUCGUCCGCGGCCGCCGCAGUGCACAACGGGGAGACCGACAAGGCGCCGGAGGCGCCCAACAGCCCCCACGCUGCUGCCAACCACAACGGCACCGAGAACCAGCCUGCCGCAGUCGAUGACUGGCGGGAAACCCCCAAUGGACACAUGGAACGCGGCAGCUGAGCAAGACGCAGGCGAGC